CUUUAUGUGAAAACGUCAGGCAUUUUCAUAGUUCAAUGCUUAUCAAUUUGUCACCGAUUUCAUUCUCGGGUUGAGAAUUACACACCCAAGGAACCAGGAGAGAUGGCGGGAAAAGUUUCAAACUGGGAUGCUGCAAAAUUGCUUCAGAGGAUCAAAGAUUUUACUCGAUCAAUUAUUGAAGAUCUCGCCAGGGGACGGUCUCCAACUAUCUCCAUCAAUCGAUUCAGGAACUACUGUAUGAAUCCAGAAGCGAAUUGCUUUUGCAGCUCCGACGAACCUAAGGGACAGGAAAUUCUAACAAUUACGAGGGAAACCCACACCUACAGAAUUGAUAUUUUGCUAAGGGUAUUAUUGAUCAUCCGACAACUUUUGCAAGAAAACAGACAUGGGUCAAAACGGGAUAUCUAUUACAUGCAUCCAUCUGUAUUCACUGCCCAGUCAGUUGUAGACCGGGCAAUCAAUGAUAUAUGCAUCCUUUUCCAGUGUAGUCGGCACAACUUGAAUGUGGUAUCUGUUGGAAAUGGGAUGGUGAUGGGAUGGUUAAGGUUUAAAGAAGCUGAACGGAAGUUUGAUUGCAUAAACAAUCCUAACACUGCUUUCCCCAUUCCAGUUCUCGUGGAGGAAGUCAAAGAUAUUGUCAGCAUUGCGGAGUACAUACUAGUGGUGGAAAAGGAAACAGUGUUCCAGCGCUUAGCAAAUGAUACGUUCUGCAAGACAAAUCGCUGCAUUGUCAUCACGGGAAGAGGCUAUCCGGAUGUUUCGACAAGAAGGUUCUUGCGACUCCUAAUGGAGAAAUUACACCUACCUGUAUAUUGUCUAGUGGACUGUGAUCCAUAUGGCUUUGAGAUCCUUGCUACAUACCGGUUUGGUUCCAAGCAAAUGGCAUAUGAUAUAGAGUGUCUAAGAGCCCCAGGGAUACAGUGGUUGGGAGCAUUUCCCUCGGACUCGGAGAAACACAAUAUUCCGAAGCAAUGUCUCUUGCCUUUGACAGAAGAAGAUAAGAAAAGGACCGAGGCCUUGUUGCUGAGAUGCUACCUCAAGCGUGAAAUGCCCCAAUGGAGGUUGGAACUUGAAGUGAUGCUGCAGAGAGGCGUGAAAUUUGAGAUCGAAGCACUGUCCGUACACUCCCUGUCCUAUCUAUCCGAGGUUUAUAUACCUUCCAAGAUUCGAGUUCCAGGAUAUCUCCUCCGCUUCCGUUUUCUAACCCAAAGAAAACCCUUAGAAAAAGAAAAAAAAAACACACCGAAACGAUGUCGUAUUUCUCUCGCGUUCUCCGUGGCAUCCUCUCCACCGCCACCAACAGGCGCCACUUCUCCACCGCCACCGCCUCGGCCGCUAAACCCCUAGGGGGGGGAGCCAUAAAUGGAGAGCGAAACCCAAAACGCCUCGUGGAGAAGUUCAAGAAGGCGUGCGAGUCGGACCGAUUCCGUACCAGCACCGCCGUCUAUGACUCAACCGUCCGCCGUCUCGCCGCCGCCAAGAAGUUUCGGUGGAUCGAAGAGAUCCUGGACGAGCAGAAGAAGUACCGCCACGACAUGUCCAAGGAGGGAUUCACCGCCAGGAUCAUUUCUCUGUACGGGAAAGCCGGGAUGUU